AUGAAUAAUACCAUGAUUGAACAAGCAUUUAGUUUGCUAAAAAGUCGUCGUGUUAGCCGAAGUGAAGAACAUUUUCUUAUUUCAACUGAAACAAUUGAUCAUUCGGAUAUGGGCGAAUAUGUUCUAUUGCUACUCGAACAAUAUAAAGAUGCUGAUGAAGAAGUUAAAGGCUAUAUUAAACGACUGAAGAUUAAUAAUGAAGGACAACAAUUUGCAAAAGCAAUCAUUAUUGGUACAAAAAAUCAGUUUUCGGUUUCUAUUAUUGCAACAAGUCGGCAAAAAACUGACACAAGCGGUGUGCACAAGAUUUUAAUUGCGACAACCAAAAAAGUUGUUGAAAUGUCUGCUUCAUGGAAUUUUUUUACAAAAUGGUUCGGUAUCAAAUCAGAAGAACAAAAAGAACUGGAACACAUUGUAAGCAAAUUAAAUGAUGAGGAUAACAAGAAAUGCCUCGAAGCCAUGGCGAUAUAUGUAUUGGGUGAUAAAAUUCGAACAUUCAUUGGAAGUGAUGUGGAUGUGCAAUUUAUUCAACAAUAG